AUGGAGCUGAGAAAGACAUCCUGCUGCUGCCCGUGCUGUGAGAGUGGCCUCCAUCAGUGCUGUGUGUACUCGUGUCUGCUCCUCCUCUGCCCGGAAUCUGAGGCGAAAGAGAAGCGUGGCUGGACUCUGAACAGUGCUGGCUACCUGUUGGGGCCCCAAAUGGGAGCCUUGGACAGCCUCUCUUCCUCUGUGACAUCAGAAGAAUUAGCCAACCCAUACUCUAACAGCGAGGCCAAUAUCAGGUGCGCCGCUAGCUGUAAAUGCAUUGGCUGCAGAAACCAUCAUGCAGACUUAGUGGACAAGACCUCCAAUACAAAUGUCGGAGGGCCCCCGUCGGUCAUUACCCCUGCCAUGGUGGAGGGGGUGGUUGUGAGUUUACUGGCUCGGGCCGAAGAGGCCGAGAGAGAGCAGCGAUGUGAGGCCUGGGCUCAGCACAUGAUCCUCAACGAGUUUGGACGCUGCUUUACAGAAAUAGGCCGCGCCAUGUUCAAACAACACAAACAACCAAACUGA